UUGUAUGUGAAACGAAAACAGAGUGAGCCAAACUGGUUGUGCUUGAUCACAAGAAGACUGUGGCGCAAACCCUAAUUCCAAGCUCCAAGACGACGACCUCCUUCGUGCUUUUAGCACCUCUCCGGCUGCUCAUUACUCUCACACACUCUCCAAUUGUAUUCAGCCUCAGACGAACAAGAUUCCAGAAGCGUCAGAGCUUCAUCGAUCGCCGUUGAGCUCGUACCACGUCUCCGUCUCAGAUGAAGGUUUAAAAUAUAUAUGAAUAUCUGAGUUGGGGGGAAUGGUGGGUUCUUGUAUAAGUAAUUCGAGAUAUACGUACAUACAUGGCUCCAAAUGGCCUAAUGAAGCAGUUGAUGUGCACCAAUUCAUUGUUAAAAAGAGUGGUGCAAAGGGCUUCUUUGUCUACUUCUUCGCCCUUGUUAUUCUAGCAAACGCGUUUCAUCUUUUCUUGGUUAAGGGCGGUUCAGUUAUCUUUGUUUUAUGGAGUUUCCUUUUAGACGCAUUCCUUGUAAAGUUGCUUUGGAAGAGUGUUACAAAAGAGUCAGUUGUGAUUAUGCCAGCUUUUGGAGUUCAACUUGAAACUCAUUAUAAGAGUGGAAAAGUUACUCGUCGCUUUGUUCCUAUCGACAAGAUCUUGAAACCUGUGCUACUAGAAUGUGUGACUCCUGUUACUUGUUACUGGAGCCUCUCUUUCAUUGUAAAUGGAGAAGUGGAUUUGGUGCUAGUUUUUAAGGAAUUACGUCCCCCUAUGAAAAUGUUGGUCCCCAUCUGGAAGGCCUUGUGUUCUGCUACCGGUAGUAAAGAAAGCCGAGACACAUGUAGGGAAGAUGGAUGAUGAAGAUCAUCAUGUUUUCAUUCAAAGUUUGGUGCGUGGAAGCUACUGGAACAAUUUGUAGAUCAAUAUCCUCCCUAGGAUUCCAACCGGUGCAACUUCUAUUUCCAGUAAGGGGAUGAGGAGGAUGAUCAAAGAGAUUGUGAUUUGUACAAGACUAGAAGCAAUUCCUUUAUUCAAUCAGUUACAGAAGUCACACUGUACAAUUUGCUGAUGUAGGUGAAAUCAAUGUAAAUUCUUUGGUGAUGCAACAUUUGGGCGUAUCAAUCUAAUUAGUGCCCGAGUUAAUCUAAUUUAGAACUGGAUACUGUUCCCUC